AGCUGGAGGCCAUCAAGGCCCGGGUGAGGGAGAUGGAGGAGGAGGCCGAGAAGCUGAAGGAGCUGCAGAACGAGGUGGAGAAACAGAUGAACAUGAGCCCCCCCCCGGGCAACGCCGGCCCGGUGAUCAUGUCCCUGGAGGAGAAGAUGGAGGCCGACGCUCGCUCCAUCUACGUGGGCAACGUGGAUUACGGCGCCACGGCCGAGGAGCUGGAGGCGCAUUUCCACGGCUGCGGCUCCGUCAACCGCGUCACCAUCUUGUGCGACAAGUACAGCGGGCACCCCAAGGGCUUUGCGUACAUCGAAUUCUCGGACAAGGAGUCGGUGCGGACCUCGAUGGCUCUGGACGAGUCGCUCUUCCGGGGGAGGCAGAUCAAGGUGAUCCCCAAGAGGACGAACCGCCCCGGGAUCAGCAGCACCGACCGCGGCUUCCCCCGGGGGCGCUUCCGGGGGCGGGGGGGGGGAUACGGCUCCGCCCGCUCCCGCUUCUACAGCGGCUACACCCGGCCCCGGGCACGGGGCUACAGGGGCCGAUCCAGAGCCACCUCCUGGUAUUCCCCAUAUUAAAAACCCCCAAAAUUCCCUUUUUUCCCCCCAAAAAAAUUCCCGAUUUUGGGGUGGGGGGGAGGGGCCCGCCUGCCCCUCCCCCACCCCUG